UCCAACUUAUCAUCUUAUCGCCUCUAAAAAUUUAAAUAAAACACUAUAAAGUGUUUAUAUAAUGUGUCAUUACAUACCUAUUUGAAGGUUUGUGUCAAAUUUGAAUCGGGUUUUUAGGGCGGUGCUGAAGUGAUCUUCAGUGAUGAUGCAAAAAAAGACUAGGUAUCCCCCCCUUACCCCCGUCGCUGUCCAUUUCUUGUUUUUAAAUUAUGAGAGAAGUGCUACACCUGGUGGAGAGAAAUUGUAAGACAGAAAUAGUUGCUUUAUACGUGCUGUACGUUACGGCAUGACACGUCACGAUGUAACAGAGGGUCAGUUUUUUCAACUUUUCUCCAAUACUAUAGAGCCAUUACCAUGUCGAUCAACGCUUGAAUAGAAACGUAGUUCACACCCCAGAUUUUGAAGUCAACACAGUCGCUACAGUCCCAUUAGUUUUCUUUGCAGCCUCGUUUGGAUGUUGCGAUUGCGCACAUUUGUACGGAAUGGGGUGAGUUUACGUUAGCUAGCUUCAUCAACAAAUGGAACUCCCAGACAAACACUAGUUAACUAGCUAGCAACAACCCUAAACUCCUGCUAGCUAUAAAUACCUUUUAUUCAUCCCUGCUGGUUAGCUGAUAUUAGCUAACGUUAACUAAAUCAGUAGCUAGCCAAAAGUUAGCUGGCUAGCUAGCUAGCUCUCUACAUUCAGAUGGAGUGCAAAACAUGUAAAUGUACAACAAACAUUAGAUGUUCAGACAUUAGACUUACUGUAUACAUUGUUAGCUUACCUUAUCAAACCAUGCUGCCUGCUAAUUAUCUAUAAGCUAUGUUUCAACUUUAUUUUUAAAGAUUUUUUUUCAUUGAACAGUUUGAAAUGAUGUGCGUUCUGGCUCAUUAAUUCACAUAGAAGUAGCCCAUAUCACUGUGGCGAACAAUUUACGUUUGAGUCAUGCUAUGCUAUUGUACGGCGUGGAUUCGCUAGAUGAGCAGGAAAAUCUUCGAUGAGAGCCCAACCAUUUUUUACAUUUACAUUUUAGUCAUUUAGCAGACACUCUUAUCCAGAGCGACUUACAGUAGUGAAUGCAUACAUUUUUUUUUGUACUGGCCCCCCCGUGGGAAUCAAACACACAACCAUGGCAUUGCACACACCAUGCUGGCAUUGCAAACACCAUGCUCUACCAACUGAGCCACAGGGAAGCACUCCCCCAGUGUUUCCCAAGGUCAAGUAUGCAGACAUUUGCCCAUCUCCAGUCAGAACAGAACAGAACAGAUACUAAUAAUGACUUUGUACAUGUGUGCGUUCCUAUCAAAAUAGGUGCUUUAUUACCUUAUCAUAAUACAGUUUCUGUAUAUCGUGUAAUGUCAUUUCUACUGUAGCACACCGUAUUUAUGGAGCCUAAUGUAUUUUGUGUGGCUGCCUUUACAACCACGGACACGCAAGGUACUAAUUUCAUAACCUUUAUGGUGUUAUACACAAUUGUUCUUAUGUAGCUACAUUCUUCUAUUAGUUCUGUAAAACAAUGCUAAUGGUGUUAGCUUGUGUUAUAUCUUUUGAAGCUGCCCUGGCAUUAUCAUGAUCAUUGCAUUAGCCUGUGUAUUCAUUUGGCCUGUUUAGCAUACUUCUGCCCCCUUGUGGAGCUCUUCAGUUAUCAUUCACAAGUGUCAUAUUGUCAAUGCAACGUAUUAUUUUAUGUUACUUCCUUAUACUAUUGUUUUAUUGCUAUAUACUGAUUGUAUUUUAAUUACUAAUAGUUUUUCUUAUGUCUGUACUUUCAGAUACCACACACACAAACAAUAUUGAACAUAAUUUGCCCACAUCAUAACUGGAACUGGAUACCUUUCUUGCUGAAGAUUGAAGCCAUGUUUUGUAUGCUAGCAACAUACUGUGAGAGGGAUUGGGGAGGAUGAGGGAGUGGAGAGGAUGAUGAGGCAGUGGGGAGGUGUUGCUUGUGUAGGAAGAGAGAGAAAAGGAAGGUGGAAAUGGAACUGCCAAAUCAUGCCAAACAAAUACUACUGCAACUCAACCAGCAGAGGGCUAAGGGCUUCCUGUGUGACGUCAUCAUCGUGGUGGAGAACGCUCUGUUCCGAGCCCACAAGAACAUCCUAGCAGCCAGCAGUAUCUACUUCAAGUCCCUGGUUCUCCACGACAACCUCAUCAACCUGGACACAGAGAUGGUGAAUCCCUCUGUUUUCCGACAAGUCCUGGACUUCAUCUACACGGGGAAGCUUCUGUCCUCAUUGGACCAGAGUAGUGAGCAGAACUACAGUGCCCUCUUGACCGCAGCCAGCUACCUCCAGCUCCAUGACCUCGCCGCGCUGUGCAGGAAGAAGCUCAAGCGAAGCGGUGGCAAGCCUCUGCCGGGUAAACUCUCUACCUCGGGUCCCCUCAGCCGACUGCGCCACAACAACGAGCGCCUCUCAUCCUCCACCCUCACCGCCUCCCACAACCACUACAUCCUCGCCCCCUCCGACGCAGACCAGCCCGAUGACGGCCUCCGGGACAAGCUCUCGGAUGAUGAGAUGUUCAUCGGGAGCACCGCUGGGAAGAAUGGGACCUGCGGGAGUGGUAGUAAUGGAAACCUCAGUAAUGGUUUGAGCGGCAGGGAGACAGAUCUCGGGCUGGACCUGUCCAAGAAGAGCCCUCCAUCGGCAGGCACCACAACAGACGCACUCAGCCCUCACAGCAACUCCCAGGGCUCCCCUCAAUCUGCCUCAGUAUCCACAACCAACAGUGCCUCACUGGAUGAUUCCACCACCACUCUGCCCAGUCUGGACACCACCGGCCCAGAGCCCAUGGAGCUCAUACCCACCCCCAAAGCCCCUGAAGACAGUCAGGCCCAUCCAGACGCUCCCCCGCCCCGCAAGAGCUCCCGCCAGGUAGCCCGCAAGAAGGAGUGGCCCAAGAGAGAGGCCUCUGGCCUGAAGGCUGAGGAUCAUGACCCGCCCCUGGUCAAUGGUGUGAUCAUGGGACCUAAAGAGGGCUGCUCAUCCAGUGGCGUAGGCGGGGACAGCAGGUGCAGCUUUCCCUCAGACCAGUCCUUCCAGUGUAAAGAGGAGGAGGAAGUAGGGCAGAAUGGGCAGGAGCACAGUGACCAGAGCGGGCAUAGUGAUGGAGAGAGUGGAGGAGGAGGGCACCACAGCGCCAACUAUGUGUACCGGCAGGAAGGGUUUGAGCCAGCAUUUGGGGACAACUUGUAUGUGUGCAUCCCCUGUGGGAAGGGCUUUCCCAGCUCGGAGCAGCUCAAUGCCCAUGUGGAGACGCACACAGAGGACGAGCUCUACAUCAAAGAGGAGGUAGGGGCCUUUGUGAAAGAGGAAGAGGCUGAGGACCUCUCGGCCCCCGUGGCUCCCACCACAUUCGGCAUCUCCGAGCCACGGCCCUUCAAAUGCACCGUAUGCAGUAAGAGCUACAAAGACCCGGCGACCCUGAGACAGCACGAGAAGAGCCACUGGCUGACCCGACCCUUCCCAUGUAACAUCUGUGGGAAGAUGUUCACCCAGAGAGGCACUAUGACGCGCCACAUGCGGAGCCACCUGGGCCUGAAACCGUUUGCAUGCGAUGAGUGUGGUAUGCGCUUCACACGCCAGUACCGGCUGACGGAGCACAUGCGUGUCCACUCGGGAGAGAAGCCGUACGAAUGCCAGCUGUGCGGUGGAAAGUUCACCCAGCAACGCAACCUCAUCAGCCACCUGAGAAUGCACACCUCACCCUCCUAAAACACAUCAAGCCAAAGAAUGCUUUUUCAUUUUUUCCCCACCUCACAACCAAACAAAUGCACACUCAUGCAGAAACACAGGUACACACUCUCUCUCUCACACACACACACACACACACACACACACACACACACACACACACACACACACACACACACACACACACACACACACACACACACACACACACACACACACACACACACACGUAAACAUAGAUUUCUAUACACAACCACCUGGCUUAAUGUGUGUAGUGGUUGUCCAGAGUCAGCAUGUGGCAGGAUGGUCAUGGAAAACAACCCCAGCUUGUCCACCACCUCUAGAAGUCUAGACGGGCAGUGUACCUCCCCUUCCGCCCCUCUCUCUGGAGUCACCUAUGGUGGGUGUGAGGGCAUGGACCGGUGGUUGUCUCUCUUAUAUCUUGUAAAUGUGAAUGGGGUACUGCUGUAACCUCAGGCCCACCUCAUGCCUCUCAGUCCUAAUACACCCUCAACACCUUUACUUGGUAGUAUUUAGGCCUUUGACUUUUUCAAACUGAUCCCUUCUGGGGGUAUUCAGGGUUUCCUCUAUACUCCAACCUCAUUGGUCAAACAACUACGCCAUUCCUCCUUUUAAUUUAGACAGGUCUAAUAUUAUUUACUCUGUCAAUGAUGUACACUACAGGCAAUAAUUUCAAAGAAUGUGUUUUUGUUGUAACCAAACAGCAGCUACUGUAUAUGUCCAAUGCUAAUGUGAGUGAACUGGAGAUAAUGGGGAUGUCUGCAUUAGGGUGGAGGGAUGUUGUUGGUCAUAUCCAUGCUUUACCUAAAAGUUUGAUGUCUGAGUUUCCAGAUGAGGGGCUCAAUUUAAUUUACUCCAGAUACACACUCACCUUAUGGUCUCCACUCUACAGCUGGUCUCUGAGAAAGAGAAAGAGGGGAGGUGGGGUUAGUCAUUUUGCCCACGAAAGCUCAUCCUGGGAUACAAAAAAACUAAAUGGAGGUACUUGUUUUACUCAAAGAACUUGUAAUGUUUCUGUGAAUGUUUAAACUGGAAGGUCUUCGGAUGUUUCUUCUUGGGGAAGGGGGAUAUGGGGUGAGGGUGGGGAAGUUAGUUGAACAGGGAAGAGACGGGAGGGAGGGGGGUCGGUGUAGGCUGAACUUCUCGUUUGGUGGGUACGUUUAUGUUUUGUCAGUAUAGCUCUCCUCCCCUUACAAAAAAGAAAAGCUUAUUUUGAUAGGCUUGUGAACUCGCUACCUCUGAUUACUCUUACGAACUCUACAUUGAUUAGUUGAAAGUUACUAAAUGUAAUUAAUUGUAUAAAGUGUGUAGAUAGUAACUUUUCCCCUAAUGCUUUAACCUGCUUUAAGCUGCCCAUCUCUCAACACAGGUUUUUCAUGCAUUUUAGAUUUUUACAUGUUAACAUUAUUUUAACUGUCUUUUUUUUUUUUUACUUCUUGUCAUAAAGAUAGCUUUCCGGGUGCUCUUCUCAAUGAACAGGCCCCCACCUCACAAUGUACUGUAUUUUCUUGCAAAUAGUGGUUAGUGAAUUUAGAUGCACAGUGUUCCAAAGAUCUAAUGAAUGUUAAGGCGAACGGAGCUGACUAACACAUUUUGCUAGACAAGUUCAUAACCAAAGUUUAAAAAAAAGAUGUACUUAAGAUAUAUAGCAUACUUAACUAUUUCACUUUUGAUUUGUCUUUUUACUGUAUGAAAAAACAAUUUAAGAAUUGUAUUCUAGGUCCAGACAAUUGAAACCCACAGUUGUGUUGGACUAUUGACCAAUGACUCUUGAGACUCUUGAGUUUCUGUGUGGUUUGCAAGGAAAGCUUGUGCUGAUUGGUGGGCUGGUGUUAACAUAAACUUUACAUGUAAAGUAACUGUAGAGUUUACAAUGUUCCCUGAACUUUAUUUUUAUUUGUAACAAGGGUCCUUCUCAUCACUUUAUAUUCCCUGACCUAAAAGCAGGACUUGAUUACAUUUUAUGUGUUCUGUUCAGACCAAAAAAAGAAGAAAAAAUGAUAGAAAUUAUAAUAAUGACAUUUUUUAUGUGAAGUUCUAAGUUUGCUUGUUAGUUUAUUGAGCCAGACUUGUGAAAGCUUGUAUUGGAAGGGAGAGGCAAGGAUGCACUGGACAGCUCAAUUCUUCUCUCAAUUGUAUUCACUCAUACCGCAUGGUUAUGAAAAUGUAAAUUUUAGUCAUUUAGCAGUGCUCUUAUCCAGAGCGAAUUACAGUAGUGAGUGCAUACAUUUUAGUACUUUUUUUUGUACUCCCAGUUGCCUCCCAUAUGGGCCAUUCUUAUUGAAUAUUUAUUUAUUAGCAUAGUACUACAAAUUAUAAACACUCUACAAGAGGGAUGCAUGUCCCUCUACUGUAAUCAUUCUCCACUGAAACCCAAGCUGUCUGUCUUAGCUUGUCCGGUGUGUCCCGACUCUUAUGGUAAAUUAUGGGGAAGAGAAACCUUCAGUGCAAGUUUUUGGUAUAGGCAUUCCUCUAUUAUUUUGGUUUUACCUAUCUUUUUUAUUUCUAUUCCUCCUUCAUCCUCAUGGUUGGUCUGUGAAAUGUUUUGUCAUCAUACAGGGAGGCUGCUGCAGUCAUACAAGCAUCGUUAUCGUUUCAAGGUAACUGCGUCUUGGACUCUGAGAUGUUACUUUAAAAAAAAUGUUUUGCUGUUCACGCCGAGGUAAAAGCAGUUACUGCUGAGUGAAUGCAUGGUACGUGUGUAUUUUUAACCCCCACCACCACCACCACCACCCACCCUCCGACCUGAAAUCCAUCAUGUAAUGAAUUUUUUCCUGUGACCUCUUCUUACUUAUUAUGGAGUCCACGAUGCAUUGCCUUCAGACGCUAUUGUUCUUGUCAGCACUUAAGCAGUACAGCAUAAUGUUUGUGAUGCUCAAAAGGUCUUUUUGUACAGCAAGAUCUCUAGCCAUCUCUGCAAAUUCUUUGCAGCUGCAGCCGAACUAGCGUUUAUUAGUUUGGCGAAAACAAAAAAAUAUUAACUUAAACUGCGAUACUACUACUACUAUUACUACUACUACUCAAAUACUUCAGGGAUUGUUCUGCAUCUAUGAAUGUAGGACUCUCAGCUACAUUUGUAAGACAUAGUAUUGUAUCAAUUUCUCUGUAUUUUACUCAUGGGAAAACCAAAACACUAGUUUCAUAUUUAAAAGAUUUUAAAAAAUGGGGGGUACUUUUUCAACUAACACAAAGAGCCUUAACAAAAGGCAGGGCAGCUCAAUACAAAAGUCGACUUUUUAGUUAGGAUCAUAAUAUCUUUCGAAAUAGUCGCAAAGUUGUACAAAGAACUAAGACCUAAAAAAAAGCUCAUACCCAAAUCCACGAACUAUUUUUUAAACCAAAGCACAUUUGAAUGAUUAUGGAACAGUGUGUGGCAAAAAAAAAAUGAUACAUAUGUAUUUAUCUCAUUGUUUACAUAAACUUUUACAGUUUUACAGACCUCAGUUGAGGCUCGGCCAGUCAGAGGUGUGGUUGUAUGUGUUUUUUGCUUUUUCCACAGAGGUUUUGCUGCCAAAACAAAAGCUUCAGCAUCAGCGUCAACCCUGCGGCAGACUACUUCAUAUUUAAAUUGGGGAGGGGGUUGCAGUUUUAGGGGUGCAUCGCCCCCCUCUGCCAUCUGGCUUUGGGGUGACCUUGUCCCCCUGCCCUAUGAACCAUCUUCAGAAGAUGGGACUGGGGGGAUGGGAUGGAUGGGACAGGGGUUAGGGGGGGGGGGUGUUGCUGUUGCGGAAGGGCUGGGAUGACGUUAGAACUCUCUUAGGCUGCGUUUACACAGGGAGCCCAAUUCAGUUUUUUUGGCCCAAUUAUUGGCAAAAGAGCUGAUCUGAUUGGUCAAAAGACAAAUUAGUGGGAAAAUUAUUAGAAUUGGGGUACCUGUGUAAAUGCAGCUUUACUGUACCUAGGGACUUUAAAAACAUGAUUGAAAACUAUAGUGACUGGGAUUUGUUAAUUGCAUGUGAGCAGGUCUAUUUGCUAGGAAAGAUGAAUCAAUUUUCAAUGUUAUAUUGUAUUUGUGUACCUCUGACCGAUAUUCUAUCGAUUCCCGAGGUCAUUUCAUGUUUAAUGUGUAUCUGAGCUAUUCACUGUUCAAGCAGGUAGAAAUACUGCCGGUAUGAAUCGUUUUUCAUCAUAUGAUGCAAAACUUGAACGGCGAAUAGGUCCGAUACACAUUAAAUGACCCUGUAAAUACAUAGAACAUUUCUCAGAGAUGCACAAAUAUGAUAUAACAUUCCAAAUGAGUGAAUCUUUCCUUUAACUGUGAAUGUUCUUGAUGCUUCUGCUUAUUUGAUGUUUGGAAAGGAUGAUGAUGAUUUCUUAGCUGCCUGUGUUCUGCCUAUUUGUAAAAGCAACACAAUCUUAUGGCUGGCCUUGCCUCAUACAAAGUUGGUGCAAACACUUAUUGACAGUGUUCUUUUUUUAAUCAAAUGUCUAUUGUUGUCAGUGAUGAAUGUAUUUAUUUCUCUGGUCCUGCAUUUGCCUCCACUAAGACUUUUCUCAGUGUGUGAGACUGAGGUUCAGGCAGGACCCUUUUUGGUUGUAUUUUAUUUUGAGGAUUUCAAGCGGAGAAACAAAAAUGAGACAAAACAUAGCCAUCAACCACAAUCUGUGAAGUUGUAGACUUUUUUGGGGUGAACAGAUACAUUUUUAUGUCAAAAUGACAACGACGUUCUCUGGCAUUUUUGUAUCUUCUCUCUCAGCUAAAACAAACAACAUGUUUUGGGUGUCAAGAGGAGUUACUCACUGUUUGGCUGGACAUAGGGGUUUAAACGAUUAACUUUAACCCUCUGUGUACCUCUGUCGAUGUCUGUCGGGCAUCAUGGCUCAUCUGUGGGCCAUAUAUUGUAUCUCUUCACAAACAUCCUCUGCCUGGGUGUUGCCAAGCCACUGCCAUUUAGAAAAUCUAUUCCUCCUCAUCAACCUCACCCCUUUCUUUCUCCAAACGAUAGAGUCAUCUCUAUGAUGUACAUUUUUUUUGUCUUAAACCACUCGCCACUUAUCAUUUCUCUUGGACUUUUUUAUUUGUUUGUGUCUCUGACAAUUCUGUAGAGUGAGGGGGUAUUAGGGCUGCUUUUUUAAAGCCCCUCGGAAGGUCCAGGCGCGCUCAUAUCGGUUCACAUUAAUUGCAGUUUACUCUUUCUCUUACCUCAUCAUUGUAGUGUUUCUGUGCGUUUCAAAAAUAUUAUAUCAUUAUGCAGUGUUACAAAGCUUUAAGAAACAUUAUACAAAGUUCUGGGAAUUCAAACCAUGAUGUUUUCCCUACUCAAAGCUUGUCCGAGUUACCUCUCUUUGUAUUACUGUAGUUACACCCAUGCGAUUGUCUAGUUUCACCUUUUUUCUCCCUGUUGUUGUUGUCCCCUGUCUAUUCACCAGGUCUGGUCUGUGCUGUGUCUACGGAGUAGCUCCAAUUUACUUAAUCAAACUCAACCAAAGCUAGUUUUGAAAUGGCGUCUGGCACACCACAGUGUGUUCUAAAGCCAAGGUGUAUCUUUAACCGCUAAGCUUUACUACCACUCGCUAUACCCACAAUGUAGCUCACCCUACACCAACCACCCUUUGACCCCAUCCUUAGCUUCCAUGACUCUGCGGCUAACGAAGCUAGUGAUCGUGAUUUCUCCCCAUAUAUCUGUGACUCCAGUGUGUUCCACAUAUUCGACAUCAGUAUUUACCUCCAGGGACAAAAAAAGUAUUACCUCAACUCUGUGUUUACUUGCCAUUUACAUCUCAGCAUUUCUGCAGAUGCAAAUGUAUUUUUUACUCGUUUUUUUUUUUUUUACCGUCCAGUUGUAACCAAAAUAUCACUUAUUUUUGAAAUAGUGUUUGUUAGUCUUGUCAAAUGACUCCAUGUUGAUGGAAAGACAUUAUUAGCUGCUAAACUAGUACUUGAAAACUUGAUUAAAGAAGUUGUCCGUGAAGCAGGUAUAUCAAGCUUCUCUCGGAUCCAUGAAUAGCCGCUGUUCAAUAAUGUAUCAGGAUCGAGGGGCUCACAGGUUCUGGAAUGGACAUGUAGGGUCUUUGACUAUGAAUAAUUGAGGGCUAACAUUCCCUCCCCCCUUAUACACACACAUACACACACUCUUCUACACUUGUUUACACACACACACACACACACGGCCUAAUGCCAUGACCUCCUCUUGCUAGCGGCAGCACCCAGGCUGAGCCCUUCUCUCCACUCCUCUGAGAGCUCGUAUUCAGGUCAGAGCUGUCGCUACGGCGAUGGGGCUCGCUAACUCAGUGUCAUAAAAGUGUAAUACAGCUGACCUCAGCACUCACAACCUUGCAGUCUUAAUAUACAGUGGUGUGAAAAAUAAACUGUUAUUUUAUGAUCUUUUCAUUAAAAGCUUGAUCGAAAAGCCAA